UAUUUAAUAAAAGUGUUUUAAUAUUCAAAUGGUGUAUAACUAAAUUGAAGAAUAUAACAACAAAUUCAAAGUGCUGUGCUAAUACGUCGUAAAUAUGGAGCACGGCUCAAGUAUAUUCAAGAUAAAUCAAGACUAUAACAUCGAGUCUGGUAAGAAUUUUACACGCGGUGAAGUCGUUGAAAUAAUCAAAACAAAUACUAAUGGAUCCUUGGAACCUGAUAGGAUCAAAGCAAUACCGAAAGAAAACCCAAAUACAAAAUGGUAUGUGCGUACAAUUGGAAAUAAAAUAAUUUCUAAAGAGGGUUGGAUACCUAUUAAAAUAUUGGAUUUAAAUACUACUCCAAAUUCUGGUGCUAUCACAAAUACUGAAACAUACUAUCAGAGGCAAGCAACAGUUUGUGAGCUUGUUGAAACCGAAGAAGAGUUUGGAAGAGAUCUGCAAGUUGUUGUAGAUCGCUACAUAAAAACAAUAGAUAAAUUGAAGGCACCAAAAAUAUUACGGGAUAACAAAAAUUUAAUAUUCAGCAAUUUACAAGAAAUUUGCGAAUUUCACAAUAAAGUAUUAAUAGAGGGAUUAAAAUAUUGUGCAGAUCAGCCUGCAGUUAUAGCAAAAACUUUUUUGAGAUUAGAGAGAGAUUUUGACAAACAUGUUAAUUAUUACAGAGCUGAAGUUGAUGCUCAAAAUUUUUUGAGCUCUAAUUCGGAAGUUGCAGAUCACUUUAAGGAAAUAUCGCGUAAAUUUGGCGACGAUAAAAAUUUAUCAGAACACCUUAAACUUCCUAUCCAGAGAAUUAAUGACUAUCAGCUUAUCUUAAAGGAAUUACUUAAAUACUCGUUGAUUUUAAAUGAAAACGUAAAAGAUUUACAAAAGGCUUUAGAAUUAAUGCUUAGUAUUCCUAGCAAAGCUUAUGAUAACAUAUAUCUAACAAAUAUUGAGGGUUAUAAGGGUGAUAUUCGUAAAAUUGGGCGUCUUUUAUCGCACGAUACGUGGUCUGUGGUAGACAAGGAAAAUAAAUCAGUCGAACGAUAUUUAUUUUUAUUUAAAUCACGAAUUUUAAUUUGCACUACUCAAUUAAUAAGUGAUGAACAGCAAAUAUACAUCUUAGACGAUAUUGUAAGAUUGCCUGAUUGUGAUGUACAAUCAAUUAAUAAUGCUAUACAAAUCUUAAAUAAAGACGGAAAGAAUAAUACCGCAUUACCGAUUAAACUAAUAGCUCACAAGCCAGAUAAUCACAUUCUUUGGUAUCAGGAAAUAUGUUCACACAGUAAUGACGAACUAACUUUUGUGGAACAUAAUACGGAUGAUAUUAAAAAAGAUCAACAGUAUAUCUUUAAUAAGGAAAAGUAUCAAAUAGUUUCGAAUUCACCAAAUAUACAAUCAUCGAAAAAUAUAAGUGCAGUUGCAAUUCCCGCAACGACAAUCACCAUAAACGACAACGAAAACACCUUAAAAAUGAACUCCGAGGAAAAGAAAAUUGACGACAUUCAAAUAAUUGAUAACAAAAAUAUAUCAAUUAAAAGUGAAAUUUGUUCUACUUUGACAACAAGCAGUGAAAUAAUAACAGAAAUCAGUCAAAAAAAAGAAGAAAUCAGUAUUCAAAAGAAAGAAGAAGUCAGUAUGCAAAAACAAGAAGAAAUCAUUAGUACACAAAAUAUCGAAGUUAAUACUAAACACGAAAAUAAAAUAGAUAUAAUUCAAGAAGAUACCCAGCCUUGCAAAAGGAUUAAGAUUUCUGACCAGAAUGGCGAAGAGAAACCCGAAGAGAGCGCAACUUCUAAAAAAGAAGUUAAUAAUAUCGGAGAAAGUACUGAAAAUACUUCACAUAAUGAGAUAAACGUGGAAACUGCUAAUAUAACAAAAACGGAGUGUAUUUCAAAUAUGGAAACUACUAACAUGACUAAAACGGAGUGUAUAUCUAAUGAAGGUGAAAGUAUAAGCAGUUUAGUAUCAGCAUCAGAUAUGGGAGAUUCUAAACUAAAGAGGUCCGGUCGAAGAUCGGAUGGCGAUGGUGUACCAAAGGAAUCGCGUUCGAUUAAGAAACCAGAAAUUGUAAAAAUGUUAAAAAGCAUUCAAGUCCAACCUGGAGAAACAGCUCAUUUCGAGAUACAGUAUUUGGAGAAACCAGCAACUGUAGUCUGGUAUAAAGAUAACAAGUUGCUUGAUGAUCAGUUGGCUGAUCGUGUCCUGCAAAAGGAGGCACCGAAUAGUUCAUAUCGUUUGGAAAUAAAAAAUUGCAGAGCCCUUGACUCUGGCACUUAUACUGCGAAAGCGCAAACAGCUACUGAAUCUACAACGUGCUCAGCUCAGCUCGCUGUGGAACAAAGUGCACAGCAUGAUGACCAAGCUACUAACAUACCACCAGUUUUUGUUGUCAGUCUUAAAGACGCUGAAAUGUUAGAAAAUUCUCUAUUCAGAUUUUUGAUUAAAAUCAAUGGUGAUCCAAAACCUAAAGUAACUUUCUAUAAGGAUGACAAAGAGAUUAAUUCAAAAGAUAAAAGAGUUGAAAUUAUACGUGAAAAGGAUUAUUUAGGCUAUUAUGAAUUAGUUAUUAACGAUGUACUAAAAUCCGAUGCUGGUGUUUAUACCUGUAAAGCAGUCAAUAGUCUAGGAAAAGCUGAAUGUACAGCUAAUGUAACAACAGUGGAAGAUAAAAAUCCAUUUGGUUCUUUGAGCGGUCAAAUUUUGCCUGCAGGUGAAAAAUCGAAUUUUACAUGGAAACGAAAUGGUGUUGAGUUUGAUCCUGAAGAACGAUUCAAAGUACUCUUUGGAGAUGAUGAAGAUUCCUUAGCACUUGUAUUUCAACAUGUUAAACCUGAAGAUGCAGGUAUUUAUACCUGCGUUGCCCAAACUUCUACUGGUAACAUAUCGUGCAGUGCUGAGCUCUCCGUUCAGGGUGCUGUACAGACACUCUAUAGAGAACCAGAAAAACCAACAUUAGUCAUAGAACAUCGUCAAGCGAAUGCAAGCGUCGGUGGAACUGCAAUUCUUGAGUUGCAAUGCAAAGGUUUUCCCAAGCCGGCAGUACAAUUUAAGCAUGAUGAUAAACUUAUCGAAAUUGAUGACCGUCACAAAUUCUUGUAUGAGGAUGAUGAAACCAUGUCUCUGCUCAUUAAAAAUGUUGGUACACAAGAUGCAGGCUUGUAUACGAUACAUGCAGUUAAUGAACUAGGUGAAGAUCACUCGACUAUUGAUCUUGUUAUUAGCGCUCCUCCAAAAAUAAAGAAAAUUAAAGAUAUCACAUGUGUAGCUGGAGAAAAUGUUCAAAUCAAAAUCGAAGUUGAAGGUUUCCCUAAACCAACUAUUGAAUUAACAAACAAUGGUAAAGAUAUUUCCAUCGAGAAAAAUGUCAAAAUUCAUUCAAAAACUAUUGAGAAGAGCACAGAAGAAAUUUUAAUAGAAAUUUCUAGCAUAAAAUUGACUCAAGCUGGUAACUAUUCAAUACGAGCAACAAAUGACUUAAGUCAAACAUCAGAGUUUUGGAAAUGUACAGUGCAAUCAAAACCAGUAUUGGUGAAAUCUCUUGAGGAAGAAUACAUACACGGCGAACAGGAAACUGUUAUAAUGAGUGUAAGGAUCGAUGGAUUCCCAGAACCUGAUAUAAGUUGGUAUCAAGAAGAAACCAAAAUAACUAUAGAUAAUAGUAAAUAUAUACAAACUGUGGAUGGUAAUAUGUACUCAUUGAAAAUAAAAGGUGUCUCUCGUGUUGAUGCUGGUAAAUAUAAGGUAAAAGCUGAAAAUGCUCAUGGUUCCAUCACAAGCGAUACAAAUUUGUUAAUCAAAUGUGCUCCGGAGGUAACAAAAAAAUUGACAAAUAUUAUUGUAACUGAAGGUGAUACGAAUGUAAUGCUUAAUAUUGGCAUCGAUGCAUAUCCAAAACCCAGUGCGAAGUGGUAUAUUGAUGGUAUAGAAAUCGAAUCGAAACGUGAAGAUUAUCGAAUGACUGAAGCUAAUGAUGAAUAUAAAUUAAUUCUGAACACUGUCACACCAUCAAUGCAAGGCACAUAUUGUUGUAAAAUAAUGAAUGAUUAUGGAAAAGUUGAAAGCACUUGUGAAGUCACUGUUCAUUCAAAACCGAAGUUUAGAAAAGCUUUAAAAAAUGUGGAAAUUAAUGAAAAUGAUUCAUUAACUUUAGAGAUAGAAGUUGCCGGUAAUCCAGAUCCUGUACUAAAAUGGUUUAAAGAUGGAGUCGAUGUUAGUGCAGAUGCUAAUAUUAAAAUUACACGAAGUCAAUGGAGUUCUGAAACAUAUUGUCUCAGCUUGGAUAUCUGUAAAGUGCAGCAUGCAGGGAAAUUUGAAGUUAAAGCCGAAAAUUCAAUAGGCAAGGCAUCAUGUAGCUGUGAUGUUACUGUAUUAACCAAUUCAUCACUUACACAAUCUAAAAAAGUGGAGCAAACUGUGACAGAUAGUCACCAACCAGAACAAGGGGCAAUACCGGAAAUUUUACAUGCUGACAUUAUUGAAAAGCAGAGCUAUGAGUCCUUACCUUUGAAAUAUGAAAUUAUUGCUCGAGGUAUUCCUAAGCCUGAAGCCAUCUGGUAUCAUAAUGGAAAAGAAAUUAAACCUAACAGUAAUAUUGCAAUUAUAAAUGAAGGUGAAAAGUAUCGAUUAGAGAUUAAAGAACUUAAACUUGAAGAUGCAGGCGAUUACAAAGUCGUUAUUAAAAAUAAAUGUGGAGAACAAAUACAUCAAGGAAAGCUUUCUUUAUUAGGUGUUGCUGAAUAUCGUAAACCAAUAUUAAAAAAGAAAUUGGAAGAUGUAGAAACUAUAAAAGAUAAAGAAGUGCUUUUAACAGUUGUGUUCACAGCGGAUCCAUUACCAGAAAUAAUUUGGUUUAAAGAUGGAAAAAUAGUUAAAGCAGAUGAAGCACUAUUGCUUAAAGUAGAAGCCAAAGAAUUAGAGUAUGGACUAAAAGAAUAUACAUGCAGUUUGGUCUUACCCAAAUCUCGACAUACUGAUUCUGGUCGAUAUGAAGUUAUAAUAAAAAAUAAAUACGGUGAAGUUGAAUCCAAUUGUGUAGUAAAUAUAAAAUCCAAACCAGAAAUCCUCAACUUAAAGGAUGCAUCAUGUGUUCCGUUUGAAACUGUUUGCUUCAAUGCUGAAGUGAUUGCAAAUCCAAAGCCUAAAGUUACAUGGACGAAAGGUAAUGAAAAUCUUUGCAACAAAUCAAAUUGCGAAGUAAUUGCCGAUGUGGAUGCCGAUAAGUAUAGACUUCUGUUUCAAUCUGUCAAACCAUCGGAUGUUGGAAAAUAUUCAUUGACUGCUUCUAAUGAAUUGGGUACUACAACACAAGAAUUCAACUUAAAUGUGCAUGUUGACAAACCAUCUUUCAUUACACCUCCAUCGGAUCAAUCCAUUGCUGAGCUUAAUCCCAUUGCAGUAUCAGUUCUUGUACAUGGUGUUCCACAGCCAACACUUGCAUGGAAAAAAGAUAAUGAAUUUAUUGAUUUUACUGCUAUUAAUGAAGCAACUAAAGAAAAAAUUUACAAAGAAGAAUUCGCUGCUCUAUCUAAUAACCAAGUAUCUGGUAAAUUAGAAAUUCCACAUUUUAGAUCUGAAGAUGCCGGCAUAUAUAUGGCAGUAGCUAAAAAUGAUGUUGGUACGACAGAAGCUCCAUUUAAACUUUCGUUACAACUCAUACCUCCAUGCGUUCUAAAGAAAUUCGACGAAAUAAUGGAAGUGUCACAAGGCGAGCCUUUGGUAUUGGAAUGUGUAACCAAUGGAAGUCCUAUCCCACUUAUACAAUGGUUUAAAGAUGGUGAAGAAAUACAUCCUGGUGAACACAUUAAAAUCACAUCCGUUCCCGGAAAGCUCAAAUUAGAAAUCGAACAUGCAUUACCAAACGAUUCUGGUGCUUACAAACUUGUUUUAUCAAACCCUUGUGGAACAGAAGUUGCUCUCUGUGCAGUUGCAGUAAAACCUACCCCUAUGAGUCCAAUUUUCAUCUCACCUAUAAAAAAAUGUCAAGCUGCAGUAGUUGGACAACCACUUUCUUUGUCUGCUCAAGUGCUAGGUUUUCCUACUCCUGAAGUUAUUUGGUAUAAGGAUGGAGUGCAGUUACGUCCAUGUGAAUACAUCAACUUUGUUAAUCAACCUGAUGGUCAAAUUGGUUUAAUUAUUGAUUCGGCUGAACUUGAAGAUGCCGGAUUAUAUAAAUGUUUAAUUCAAAAUGAGUUGGGUGAAGCUGAAUCGCCUUGUGAAGUUACUGUCUGUGAUCAAGAAAGAGAACCACAAUUUGUUGCGGAAUUACAAAAUACAAACGUAGUUGAAGGAUUCCCAUUAAAAAUGACUGUCAAAACUAUGGGUAAUCCUACUCCUACUCUUAAAUGGUUCCACAAUGGUCAAGAAAUAUUACCACAAAAUAAGCAAGUUGCUUUCAUUGAAAAUCCUGAUUUAAGCCAGAGUAUGAUUAUUGAAAAGGCUACGCAAGCUGACAGUGGUUUAUAUGAAGUGGUUGCAAUAAAUGAUAAGGGCAGUACACCAUCAAAGGCUGUAGUGACUGUCCUACCAAUUACUAAUGAAAGUAAAGCCGAAGAAGCGCCGCUAUUUGUUUCAUCUAUCAGUGAUGUUAAUGUAAGUGAAGGUGAACCAUUAGUAUUAUCGGCAUCGAUUUUGGGUAAUCCCAUACCAGAAGCCAUAUGGUCAAAAGAUGGUAUACCCUUACAACCUAAUGAGCGUACAUUAAUGACUUGUGAUGGAGAUAGUGUCGGUUUAACUAUAAGUCCUGCUGAAGUUGCUGACACAGGAGACUAUUCCUGUUUGCUUGCGAAUCCACUUGGUGAAGAUAUCGCAACAUUUAAAGCAAACGUACACAAAAUCUUUAAAAAGCCUGCUUUUACACAGAAGAUUUGUAAUCAGGAACAAGUUUUAAAUAACGAUGCGAAAAUUCCAGUUACAGUAUCAGGAGUACCUCAACCAGAAGUGGAAUGGUUCUUCCAGGACAAACCAAUUAAAGAUGGAGACAAGUAUGUAAUCAAAAGUGAUGGAGAUCACCAUACUUUAACCGUGAAAAAUUGUGCAAAACCAGAUCAUGGUAUCUAUAAAUGUAUUGCUACUAAUAAAGAAGGAAAAGACGUUACGCAAGGUAGCUUAGAUGUCGUAGAUGAAAAGAGAACUCACAGUCGUAUGGAACCACCAGCGUUUCUUAAAAAAAUUGCUGAUUGUAAUAUAUAUGAAGGUAUGACUGCGAAAUUUACAGCAUGUGCUACUGGUUAUCCUGAGCCUGAAGUGGAGUGGCUCAAAAAUGGACAUAUUUUGCAACCGUCUGACAAGAUUUUAAUUGAAAAUCAACCAAAUGGAUUACUACGUCUUGCAAUUAAAAAUAUGGAUGAAACAGAUGCAGGUAGAUAUUCUUGUCGGAUAUAUAACGCGCAUGGAGAAGAUUUAUGUGAUGCUAAUUUAAUAUUUGAAGAACCCGAGCAUCGCGGUCCCAGGUCUAUUGCAGAUCAAUAUGCAGAUCAUAAGCAAAAAAAGCCAGGCUUACCUUUGCCGUUAUCAGAAAAGCCAUCUAUCUCUCGUCUAACGGAUAAUGACUUGCGACUUUUCUGGAAACCAUCUGUAUCGUCUACACCACGUUUUCCGGUUACUUACCAGGUAGAAAUGAUGGAUUUGCCAGAUGGUAAAUGGCGAACCGCUUUAACUGGAAUUCGGUCUUGUUCUUGUGAUAUUAAAAAUCUCCAACCUUUCCAAGACUAUAGGUUUAGAGUGCGAGUAGAAAAUCAAUAUGGUGUUAGUGAUCCUAGCCCUUAUGUGCAAACAUAUAAGGAUAAAUUAUUUUCAGAUAUACCCAAAAUAUACAGUUAUAUGCCAUCUGGAAGCGAUUUCAGACCACAUACGUCACCUUAUUUGCCGAAAGAUUUUGAUAUUGAGAGACCACCACACGGAAAACUUGCACAUCCUCCAGAGUUCAUUAGAAGAGAAAAUGAUAUUUGUUAUGGCGUAAAAGGCCAUAAUACCGAACUGUCAUGGUUUGUUUAUGGUUAUCCAAAACCAAAAAUGACCUACUAUUUUCAUGAAGAGCCUAUAGAAUCGGGAGGUAGAUUUGGCUCGAGUUAUACAAGAAAUGGACAAGCAACACUCUUCAUAAACAAAAUGCUAGAUCGAGAUGUGGGUUGGUACGAAGCUGUCGCAACGAACGAACAUGGUGAAGCCCGACAACGUGUACGCUUAGAAAUAGCUGAACAUCCAUACUUUAUUAAACGUCCUAAUGAGACCUUUGUAAUGAAUCGUAAGAUGAUACGCUUAGAAGCUCGUGUUGCAGGCAUACCAACACCUGAUAUUAAAUGGUUUAAAGAUUGGCAACCUUUAGCAGAAAAUAAUAGACUAAAAAUGAUGCAUUUUGAACCAGAUACAUAUGUAUUGAGUAUAACUGACUCUAUGCUAAGAGAUGAGGGCAUUUAUUCCAUUAGCGCUAAAAACAUAGCUGGUUCCGUAAGCACAACCGUAAUGGUUCAUGUAGAAGAUGAUGAAGAUAAAUACAUCUAUAAAACUUAUGGAAAACAACCAUAUGUUAGAGUCAAACAAACUCGUUAUGAAGAUAAAUAUGAUAUUGGCCAUGAGUUGGGACGUGGUACACAGGGCAUAACAUAUCAUGCUGUAGAGCGUGCCACUGGUGAUAACUAUGCUGCAAAAAUCAUGUAUGGCAAACAUGAACUGCGCCCAUUCAUGCUAAAUGAAGUCGAUAUAAUGAAUAUGUUAAGUCACAGAAACUUAACACGCCUACAUGAAGUUUUCGAUCAUGAUCGACUUGUUACGAUUAUAAUGGAACUAGCAGCUGGUGGAGAACUUGUAAGAGAUAAUUUAUUAAGAAAAAGUUUUUAUACUGAACGUGAUAUAGCAGGUUAUAUACGGCAAGUUUUAUAUGGACUUGAACAUAUGCACGAUAUGGGUGUAGCUCAUUUGGGACUUACGAUAAGAGAUUUACUAAUUUCAAUUCCCGGAAGCAACAAUCUCAAGAUAACAGAUUUUGGCUUAGCGCGUAGAAUUAAUUUGCACAACUUAGGCACAUUGGAUUUCGGAACACCAGAAUUCGUUUCUCCAGAAUGUGUAAAUAAAAAAUAUGUUGACUAUUCACAUGAUAUGUGGUCUGUAGGUGUUAUAACUUACAUAUUAUUAAGUGGCCGAAACCCAUUUUUGGGUGCUACCGAUAGAGAAACUUUGUAUAAUAUAAGAGAUGGUUUCUGGGAUUUCAGUGAUUCCAUAUGGACUCAUAUUUCGGAAGAAGGUCGUGAUUUCAUACGAAGCCUACUAGUCUAUAAUUCAAGUGAAAGAAUGGACGUGAAAACAGCUCUUAAACAUCCAUGGUUCUUUAUGUUGGAUAAGACGCAUAUUCGUGAUGAUUAUCAAAUAAGCACUGAUAAUCUUAGGAAUUACUAUUACGGAUUAGGCAAAUGGUAUGCAAAUGCUUCAUGCCGACACUACUUCCGUCGUAGACGUUUAAGCACUUGUUACGAACAUCCAUCACAAAUGGUUUAUCCUCCAGGCCAUAUUUAUACUCCAGAACCAACACCUGAAAGAAGUAGUAGCGUAGUUAAAACAAGAUAUGAAGAAAGUGUUUCUAAGUAUUUGCAUCCAGAUUAUGAGUUAGGAUUAUUCCAAUCUGAAAGCCAUUAUCAGUAUGGUCCAGAUACAUAUUUAUUGCAACUGCGUGAUGUUGGCUUCCCAGUUCGUUUACGUGAGUAUAUGAAAGUCGCUCAUAGGAGACUACCCUCUUUUGCCAUAAACGAUUGUGUGGAUUGGUCAUUGCCUGUUAUACGAGAACGUCGACGCUUUACUGAUAUUAUGGACGAAGAAAUUGAUGAUGAACGCACUCGCAGCCGUAUAAGCAUGUACUCAAUGAAUGACUCUUAUACAAUAAGAAGAUUACGAACUGAGUUAGGUCCACGUUUAGAUGAAUAUACUGAAGCAGAUGCUCUUAUGGAAGCAAAACGAACUGGCUAUCCACCAUUUUUCAGAGAAAAACCACAAGCCUUGGCUAUUUCGGAAAAUAAACCAGCACAUAUACACUGUUUUGCUGUUGGUGAUCCUAAACCAAGUGUGCAAUGGUUUAAAAACGACAUGGUGAUCACAGAAAGCAAACGUAUUAAAAUCCUUAACGAUGAAGAUGGACGAUCUAUAUUACGUUUCGAUCCUGCUGUACAUAUGGAUGUUGGAAUUUAUAAAGCUGUUGCUAGAAAUAAAAUUGGUCAAACUGUUGCCAGGUGCCGUAUUGUAGCAGCCACUCUUCCUGAUGCCCCAGACUCAAUUGAAAUUUCUGGCGUUAGUGGUAGUGAGAUUCUUCUUAAAUGGAAACAACCUCGCAACGAUGGCCAUUCUUCGGUACUUUGUUAUAGUCUUCAAUUCAAGGAAAUAAAUAGUGACACAUGGACAACGAUUGCUGAUAACAUAAAUCAUGAAUUCUAUUUAAUAAAAAAUUUGAAAUCUGACACUCACUAUCAGUUAAGAUUAUCUUCUAGAAAUGUUAUUGGCUGGAGUGAAAUGAGUGGCGUGAUUGAUGCUGUAACUGCAACAAACGAUGCACCAUAUAUUCAGAUAUCUAAAGCAAUGCUGCAAUUGCAACACAUUACAGAAAGUGGUAAAAAAAUUGAUAUCGAAGAAGAACGCGUGCAUAUGGACUACGAAUGCGAACGGGAUCCACCCAAUUGGGUUAGCGAUAUUCGACUUAGUGAUAAAUAUAGUUUUAUUUCAGAAAUAAAUCGUGGUGAAUUUAGUGCUAUUGUCAAAGGAAUACAAAAAUCUACUGACGCCGUUAUUAUAGCCAAAAUAUUUGAUAGAAAUAAUGAAACUGAGCAUCUAAUUGACACGGAAUUUGAAAAUUUCAGAAGCUUACGACAUGAACGUAUUGCUGCUCUGCUGGCUGCAUACAAACCACAAAAUGUGCCUAUCGCAGUAUUUGUUAUGGAAAAGUUACAGGGCGCCAAUAUUCUUACUUAUUUUAGCACUCGUAAUGAAUAUACAGAACAGAUGGUCUCAUGUGCUAUUACACAAAUCUUAGAUGGUUUACAAUAUUUACAUUGGCGUGGUUUCUGUCAUCUCGAUAUACAGCCUGACAAUAUUGUAAUGGCAUCAGUGAGAGCACUCCAAAUUAAAUUGGUAGAUUUUGGCUCAGCUAAAAAAAUUAGUAAAUUAGGUGGCAAAGUGUUACCUAGUGGUGUACUCGAUUUCCAACCACCUGAAAUGGUUAACGAGGAUCUUAUCUUUCCACAAAGUGACAUAUGGUCAGUUGGUGUUUUAACAUAUUUAUUACUGUCUGGUUACAGUCCAUUCCGUGGUGCAGACGAUAACGAAACUAAACAAAAUAUAUCAUUUGUAAGAUAUCGAUUUGAAAAUCUAUUCAGAGAAGUAACUCCUGAAGCUACACGUUUUGUUAUGUUCUUGUUUAAACGCAAUCCAACAAAACGACCUUAUGCUGAAGACUGCUUGGAACAUCGUUGGCUUAUGUCUUCAGACUAUAUGAUCAAGAAACGUGAAAGAGCUAUAUUCCCAGGCUCCGCCCUUAUGGAUUUCUGCAAUGUAUACAAUGAAAUGAAGGCUGCCAAAUCUUCAGAAGCAAAACCGUUAUCAUUAGUAGAAGGAUCAGUAACAGCACAACUAUUAAGAUCUAACAGCAUUCAAGAGGAAUUAUGCGCUGGCUAUUAAAAGUACAUUACAUGAAAUGAAUUAUGAAAUGUUCCCAACGAAAGCUUAAUAAUUGUAAAAAAAAUAUAAAUAAUAUAUAUAUAUAUAAA